AUGACAGCCUUCUCGCCGCACAAUAUCGCCGGGUCGGCCACCAGCAAGAAGAAGCUAAUCAACCUUCUGAGAGGGCACUAUGGACCAGAUCAUGGAGACGGGCGCUUACGCAACCACCUCGCGUCGUGGCUGACGACUUUCUAUAAGCCCCAGGAACCUAUUACUGAUGAUCGAAUUGCAAUCUCCGGAGGAGCUUCGCAGAACCUCGCGGUUCUCUUGAACGUGUUCACUGACCCAUCUUAUACUAGGCGAGUAUGGUUCGUGGCGCCGGCAUACCACCUGUCCUUCCGCAUCGUACAGGACGCUGGAUUUCACGACAAGUUUCGUGCUGUACCUGAAGAUGAGGAAGGCAUAGAUAUUGAUUACUUCAGAAAUGAGAUUAAGAAGGUUGAAGAGGAGGCGCUCAGCCCAGGUGUCGUGCAACCGAAGCACAAACCGGUGUCACGGCCUUGGGCCAAAGUGUACAAACACGUGAUUUAUUGCGUACCGACGUUUUCCAAUCCUUCGUCGAAAACCAUGAGCUUGAGGCGACGCACGGAGCUGUUAGAAUUGGCACGAGAGUACGAUGCUCUCGUCAUUACGGAUGAUGUAUACGACUUCCUGCAAUGGCCAUCGAAGAUCACCUCUGAGUCCGAGACAUUGUCUGUGGAGCAAUCCCAUUUGCCUAGAAUCGUAGACAUCGAUCGCACGCUUGAUGGGGGUGCUGAAAGAGAAGGCGCCGAUGGCUUCGGUAACGCAGUCUCGAAUAUGAGCUUUUCGAAGAUCUCUAGUCCCGGGUUGAGGUGCGGCUGGUGCGAAGGUACACCAAAGUUUGUCUCAGGUGUUGCAGAAGUGGGAUCAACUCGUUCCGGUGGUAACCCUAGUCAGUUUGUUUCCAACAUCCUAGCUGAAGCUAUGGAAAAUGGCCAACUUCAACGCCAUGUAUACGAGCAACUGCAGCCGGCAUAUGGCAACCGUUAUCGCUCAAUGAUCAAAGCUAUCAACGACCUGCUGGUUCCGCUUGGCGUUCGGCUGCCCCAAACGCAUCGUAGUAUCGUCGGUGGUUACUUCAUUUGGCUCACCUUACCGGAUGGCAUGGAGUGUGGUGUUUUUGUGGACCGUGCUAGAGAGGAUGAGAAUAUAGUUGUUGCACAGAUUCCCGGUGACAAUGGCCAUCCACGUACGUCUUUCAAGAACGACAUCCGCGUCUGCUUUGCAUGGGAAGAAGAGGAUGCGUUGGUUGAAGGCAUCGAACGCCUGGCCACUGUAAUACGCACGAUGCAACACGAGCAGAACACUACUGGCAGCUACAAGAUCCGACUGCAGGUGGAGCAGGAAUCAAAGCGCUUCUGGUAG